AUGACGCCCCAGCCGUGCGCCCGUGACGCCCCGUCGCCCGCGUCCGCGCGUUUUCUGCUGGUGCCCUGCGUGUCCGUGCACUGCGGAGUGGCUGCUGCCCCUCACCAACCGCGCCGCGUCCGGCUUCGCCUGCGCCUGGCUGCCGAGUCGCCGUGCCGGGCUCUCUCCGGCUCCGCGUCCCGCGCCGGCCGGGUCGCCGCUGCCGCCUCAUGCGCACCGGCCCCGCUCGCCGGCUUCGCGGCCCGCGCCCGCCGGCUUGCCGCUACCGCCUCCCGCAUGUCGUCUCCGCGUCGGGCCUCCCAAGCCUCCCGCUCGCCGAUUCCCGGCCGGCCUCCGCGCGACGCCGUCUCCGCGCACUCGGCCGCUGCUGUGGCUGGCUCCCACUCGCCCGCGCCGACUCCCGCCCCCACCCGUCCGGCGUCACAGCCGCCGGCUCUGCGCGACUCGGCACCGUCCGGCGUCCCGCUCGUCGCUUCAGCUUCGCCCGGAGGCCUCCCGCGCUGGCUGGCUCGCGCCCGCACCCCGGCCGCCCCCGCGCUCCUCUGCCUCGCUCCGGCGGCGCCCCCGCUCCGGUGCCGGCCACCCGAGCCUGGCCGGGUCCAACCCCGCGCCUCUGCUCGCCUCCGCGGCCGACUCCCCUGCGCGCCGGGUCGCCGCGGCCGCCUCCCUCCCCGCGGGACCGCCAGCCGGCUCCGCACCUCCGCGGCCGACCCCCUACGCGCCGGGUCGCCGCGGCCCCUCUGCCCCAGUGUCCCCCGCCUGCGCCACUCCCGCGCCGGUCCGCUGAGUCGCCGGGAGCCGGCCUCCGCAUCCGGCGCCCGCGCGCAACCCGGCGCCGGCUGGGCCGCCCUGCGCCGGUUCCUCCCCGUGCCGGAUUCCCCGCGCGCCGCCUCGAGUGGAAAGCCGUCCGCCUCGCCGCUGUAG